UGACACCGCGAAUUUAGACUGCGAGGCAUUUUUACCCGUCGACAUGUUACUAGGGCCUCAAGUAGAAAGUGGUUAAGUUCACCUGCAAGCAUGGAAAUUUCAGUGCGUAAACCACCUGACAAAACGGAGAGCGGUUCCAUUUUGCGUUGAGGGUGUUCGCUCGUCGCCUGUCUAGCUUUUGCUCUUUUUUCGCGUUCGGAUUUUAGAGUUUGACAGCAGGCUCUGUUCAGCAAAGAUGCGCUGAUGUUGAUGAUAAAAGCUUCGUCGGGCUCUAGAUGCCAGGGGGCUGAGCUGGUUGAGGAAAGGCAGAGAUUACAAAAGAUGGUUGAAACAGAACCUAAACUAUUCGUAAUUCAAGGAGAUGUUUACGAAGUCGAGAAACUUGUAGGCGUUAAAACUGUGAAGGGGAAAAGACUCUACAGAGUUAGAUGGAGAGGUUAUGGAAAAGAAAGCGACACCUUGGAGCCCGAAGAAAAUCUAUUUUCUUGUAAAGAUAUGAUUGAAGAUCUGGAAGCGAAAUUGAAAGAAAGGCAUGAGCGAAAGAAAGGUAAAAAGUUGCUGAAAACACAAGCAAUUUCAAAAGAGCCUAUUAACACUGAGGCUGAAGUCAACAAGAUGGCAACAGCUACCUGGCAAGCUACUGAAAUACAACCGAUUGGUGCUCAUUCUAAAGAUACAUUUUGGAGAGAUUUUGAUGAGGGAAAAAUAACUGUUGCUGGUGCAGUUUAUGAAAAAGACAUGUAUAGCAAAGUCAAAGAGAGAGCAGCUAGAACAAAUAACUCUGGAGAACCAAGCAAAAGUGGAGAAACCUCUCCCCAGAAAGAAAACCCACCACCUCCUUUAUGUCCUAAAGUUUUGUUAAAAAGAAAACCGUGUAAUAGAACUACUGAUAGUUUGGGUUUUAAAUCUCCUUUAAAGAAACCAAUAAGUUUGCAAGUUCGAAAAAGAAAAAAGUAUGAUGUAUUAAGAGACUAUCGGAGACGAAAAAGCAGAAUUCAUAGGAAAAGGAACAUUGACGAAAAUGGACGACAUAAGCUUCUCAAAAGUCUGGCCAAACAUGAUAGUUUUAGUGUGGAAAAUGGACUAAGCAGUUCUAAUAUAUUGCAAGAAUUGCUUAUAAAUGACGAGAAAGGGACUACCUUUCCUGAAUAUGUCUUGAAUUCAUUAAAAUCUGAAAGUGAAAAGAUGAAUUGUGUGUUUAAGAAUAAUUGUAAAGAUAGUUCUUGCGGUGAAGUCUUGGGAACUGAUGGAAGGAAAAGCCAGUCACUAAUUUGCAAGAUCUCGAUGCAAGAAAAUUCAAUGACUGCUUAUCCUGCUUUUAGUCAAAGAUCUGGUCGAGUCAAUCAAUUGCAUCAAAAUGAGGCUGGUACGCGAAUGAAUAUAAUGGUUGCCAAGAUGUUUUCUUCUCUUAUUGAUGGUAUCGUCAACGAGAAGUUAGAAAAAGUAGAACGAUUCUGCAAAAAUGGUUACAUAGUUAAUUGUUGUCGUGGUGAUGGAACAACUGCAUUAAUGGUUGCUGCACACUUGGGCAGAUAUUAUUCUACAAGAAUUUUGUUGAAAGCAAAUGCUCACAAAGAUAAGCAAAACCAGAAGGGUGAAACUGCCUUAAUGCUGGCCUGUAAAAAUAAACACUCAGAAGUUGUGAAGCUGCUUUUAGAACAUGGUGCCAACUUUGCAUUAACCAAUUCUGAUGGAGUUAAUGUGCUCAAAAUAUCAAAUCAAUGUGGAAACCAAACAACUAUGCAUAACAUUUUAAUAGAACAUAUAGUGAGAGUUGUUUCAAAGUUUGAAUCUGAAGCCAGACUUCUUAUAGAUCCUAUAGCUCAAAUAAAAUAUGCAUUAUUUCCGAUUCAGUGUUUCUCACUUAAUGAGGGACCAGUGUACUCUAUAAAUUUCCAUCACCAUGUAAAACUGGAGUCUCCUGAAAAAAAUGGGAACCAGAAUCUUCUAUUUAUUGCUCACUCUACUUUUCACGAAAAAGCUGUACACUGCCAAUUUGAUGUUGAAUCUGUAAUUUAUAAUGUGACAAUAAAUGGAAUUAAGCAGGAUACAUUUGAAGAUGUUAGUUCAGUUUUCAAAGUGACAGGUUUGCAAAAUGGAUCAAAUAGAGUUUCAAUUACUACUGUUCAUUCGCCACAAUCUGAGGUGAAAUUGAUUGUUUGUGCUUAUAAAGUUCAUCGCACUGUUGUUUGUUUCCCAUCUCAGAAAUUAAAAGGAGAUUUUUAGGUUCUCAUUCUAAGUGUCAAGUAGCAUUGAAAGUUAUAAAAAUUAUUUCAUUUAUUCUGUGUUUUAAUAUCAUAUGUAAAGAAAUCAACACUUACUACUAUUUUGUCAUUCAAUAUUUGUUGCGUUUUCAUACUAAUAACAGACAUGAUGAUUUUACUUAUGUUUAAAGUAUUUAUUAUUGUAAAUUGUUUACUUUAAAUGUAAUGGACUAUUUACCAUUUCAUUUUUACUAUUUUUUUCAAGAGUUGUCUUUUUUAGAUUUUAAUGAUAUUUUUAGUUUUGUUAAGGGAACUGUCAGUAGGAAGUUAAAAUCAUUGCAAAAAGUAAAGAAAAAAUCAUGCAAGUUGCAUGAAGUAAUGAUUUUGAUCUAAUUUUGAAACUUUAUUUUUAAAAAAAGUCUUUCUACAUGAAGCAAAAAUACCACAAACAUGUUUUAGAAAUAACAAUCAUUAUAUGGGCUUCUCAAUGCUGUACCAUUUACAAAUUAAAAAGCAACAUUGAAAGUAUUUAUAAUGGUAAAAAUGGGCAUAAGUUUUGUUCCCUAACUAAGGGUUUUAACUUAUUAGGAAAAACUUCACAUCUGUGACAUAUUGUUUUUUUUUUUAAAUUUUGUAAUAUUUUUUAUUGAAGAAUUAGGCAAAAUGUUGAGGGGAAAAACUUUGCAGAAAUUGGCAAUUUCCCUCUUUUUUUUUUAAAAAAAAAAAUUGGUUUAAGAUUUUUUUUCACAUAAAAAAUAUUAAUUGGAUAAUUUUCUUUCUUUUAGGUUUGUUUGUCCCAUUUUAACUGCCCCUUAAUUGAAAGCAAUAAUGCUUCGUACGGUAAUAUUAAGCAAAAAUGUUCAAAUUACUUCCUGUUUUUGUCUAAAUUUAAGUUAGUGAAUGAUUUUUGGUGCUAAUAUGUUUGUUGAUUUCUUUAUAUAUGAUAAAAUUUAAUUGUAAUCAUUGACUUUCAAAAUGAAUGAAGAUCCAACUGUGAUAUAUGGUACCUUUUAUUUUGUUAAGGGGUACCUACAUUUAUUUUAUUGUUGAUUUUAAACAAAACUCUUCUAUUUACUGCCAUUUAUUUCUUCCAUUCAUGUAAAACUACUACUGCAGUGUUCAAAACGUCAUUUCCUAUGAAGUGAUAAAUAUUUAAUCGAUGUUAUAGUUUUAGCUGUUUUCGUCUUUGUAUAAAGUCUAUGCUUCUCAUAAAUGUUAACUGUUUUAAUUUUUGAAAGUACCUAGUUUUACAGUACAGUGUUCUUUAUUAAAUGAACUUCUAUUGAUUGAUUUCCUAUAUUUUGCAUUAAAUAUAAGUGAAUGUUUUGA